AUAGAGGCACGAGACAGGAUCUUCCAUUCCAUUGUGGGGAAAGAUAAUCAUGGCUAUUGUAGGACCUACGGAAGGGGUGCUCCCCAGUCGUCGGUGUAUUAAAAGGAUUCUGGGCUAUCACAAACAAUCAAUCCAUCAUCAAUUGCUGAAAUCGAGCAACGAAUUGAAGCUUGCCUAACUGAAUGCUUCACUUCACAGUUUGAAAAGCUACAAUAUCACAUGUUUGAGUACAUGGAGUCCAGGAGUUCAGAGGCUAAAGAGUUUCUGGAUACAGCAAGUGGACAUCGAACUGUAAGAGAUCAGUCUAUUGGAGGUGACACCCCGUCGUUGGAGCGAGGUCAUAGAACACCGACACGUUCUCUAGGACCUAUUGAGCAGUUUGGACGAGAAGUAUACUUGCAAACGUCUCGUAUUCCAAAGUGCGAUGUGGGUGAAGGGCUACUUAUUAGUUCAGAUCCUGACAUACAAAUAGAUGGAGAACGAUUGGGUGAAGGCUAUUGUAAAGUAUAUGUUGGUAAAGCAAUAAUACCCCAUGUUCUUUUGGAAAGACCUCGUCCAGGUGUAGACACGGUUGGAGAUGCUCUUGGCCGUUAUAUUGCAUGGAAUAUGUGUGAUGUGAUCAAGAAAGAGAUGAACGAUUAUUGAGUGUGUUCUUUACAAUUUGUAGUCUUUCUCUUAGAGGCUUUGUUUUAUUUUUCAUUCACUCCAGGUGUUUUAGUAUUUUUGUCUAUGUGGUUGAAAGAGAUGGAUGAUAUUGAAUUGUGUUGCUAUUAGGAAUUUGAGAAUUACGGGUUUUGUACAACUUGGUUUUGAAUAUGGAUGAAUGGAUGAUUUCGAUACA